UACCUUAAAAACAAUCGGCGUUUGAGAAGAGGCUGAGGAGGCGGAAUUCUUCCAAGUACCAAGAAGGAACAUCAGCCAACAGCAUCUCAGGACAGAUCAAGUCCAAGCGCAAACAGCACCGCACUUUGGGCGAGUUGUAGUUUCAACGUUCCUUCAAAGCUUAUCAACCAAGUUUCUUAGAAUGCUCCUCAGACUCACGUCCGUUAUUCUUGUGUGUGUAUGUAGUAUGUUGACGUGUGUAGGCGCUCAAGGCGCAAGCAAAGUCGUUUUACCGAGAGACUACGGGGUGAAACUGUGCGGUAGAGAGUUUAUUAGAGCCGUUAUCUUCACGUGCGGCGGGUCCCGUUGGAAACGUUCCUUAGAGGAAGGCUUUGACCCCUUCCAUAUCAGCUCCUACAGUGACAUCACAGAGGGAGGCGACCGACUGUCCUGGGAGCGUGGCAUGGAGAUGGGGGCUCCCCAAGCAGAACGCUCUCCUCUCCAGCUCCCCCCCUCCUCCUCCCCCUCCCUGGCAGAUCUCCUGGUCAUGCUGGGGGCGGCAGCAGAGCCCCGUCAGUCCCCGGCGGACACGGACCGCAUUGAUCUGCCCCAGGUGGCAGCCAUGAUGGGGGGCGGGGCCGGCGAGCAGGGGAGGAGCCCCACCCUUUCUUGGCCACGCCCCGACAGGCGAAAGAGGAACUUUUCCCUGGGUGUGGCGGGCAUGUGUUGCAACCAGGGCUGCACCAAGAAUGACAUUGGCCGGUUGUGCUGAGACUGGGUGGGGUUUGGGGGGAUACG